UAUUUUAAUUUUCUUGAAUUUCCUAAUAGUUAUGUGCCGGUCAAAAUCAGCCACUUCCAAUAAAAUUGCAAAAGGGAAAGUUUGAAGAUGACGGUGAGAACAUGGCACCAUUAAUUCUCUCUCAAGCCAUAAUUUUUUCUAUUAGUAAAACACAAUUAAAUUGGAAGGAGAGAGAGAAAUAGAGCGCAAGAGUCGCGGAGAGCACGAUCCAUCCGUAUAUGAAUGAGAAAUCCGCCCACUCUUCUUUCACUCGCAAUUGACUCAGCUGUCCUUAAUUUCUCUCGAAUUUCCGAUCUUUCCUUCGUCCCCGAGCACAUUCUUCUCGAUCUCUUGGAGAGGAUAUUAUUAGCUGGAAAACUGAAUGAGAAGAUUUUGAAGUUAUUUAUUGCAACGGGGAAAGAAGAAGUCCUUUCUUUCAUUGAAUCACUUAAUAUCCGACAACCUCUGAUUCCUGUUCUUCCAACUAGAUGCUCUGAGAGAUUUUGAUGCUGUUUGACUUUGUGAGAUUGUGAAGCUAUAAAUGAAAGCUGAAAACUAGCCUUUACCUGAGAAAUUGCUCGUGAUAUUCGAUUGUUGCUUUACUAGAAUCCUGAAAUAAUGGCUGAGGUUACCAUUAAAAAUGAUGAGGUGGACAUUGUCAUUGGUGCUAUUCAGUCUGAUCUUACAUCAUUCAUGGAAGCAUGGAGACCAUUCUUUUCCCAUUUUCACCUAAUAAUUGUCAAGGAUCCCGACCUAAAAGAGGAACUUGUGAUUCCUGGUGGAUUCAACCUGCAUGUCUAUACAAAGUCUGACAUAGAUAAAGUUGUUGGCUCGUCAACGGGUGGCAUUUCUUUUUCUGGCUAUGCUUGCCGCUACUUUGGCUAUCUUGUAUCGCGUAAAAAAUAUAUCAUCUCAGUUGAUGAUGACUGUGUCCCUGCCAAAAACAGCAACGGGGAGUUGGUCGAUCCUGUAUCCCAGCAUAUCAUCAAUCUCUCGACCCCAGCUACUCCUUUUUUCUUCAACACUCUCUAUGAUCCUUACUGUGAGGGGGCUGAUUUUGUCCGGGGCUAUCCUUUCAGCUUACGUACUGGAGUAGAAUGCGGUCUUUCGUGUGGGCUGUGGCUCAAUCUUGCAGAUUUUGAUGCACCUACGCAGGCCCUGAAGCCAUCGUUGAAGAAUACUAGGUACGUUGAUGCAGUUCUUACAGUACCAGCAAGGUCUAUGCUGCCUGUGAGUGGGAUCAACAUCGCUUUCAACACUGAGUUGGUCGGACCUGCACUGACACCGGCGUUUAGGCUGGCGAAGGAAGGUAAUCUGAGGUGGGAAACAGUCGAAGAUAUAUGGACCGGGAUGUGUGUGAAGGUUAUCUGCGACCACCUGAGGCUUGGCGUGAAGAGUGGGCUCCCAUAUGUGUGGAGGCAGGAGCGAGGCAACGCCAUAGAGAGCUUGAAGAAAGAGUGGGAAGGCGUAAAGCUUAUGGAGGAUGUUGUCCCAUUCUUCCAAUCAUUGCGGCUAUCUGAAACGUCUGUGACAGCAGAGGACUGUGUGGCUGAGAUAGCUGCAGCCGUGAAGGAGCGCCUGGGGCCCGUAAAUCCUAAAUUUGGCAGCGCAGCUGCAACUAUGGUGGAGUGGAUGAAACUAUGGAAGCGCGUACGAGCUCAGUAGAUUCUAUUUCGGUAUCCUUAAAAUCUGUGGUUCCACUGCUUAGAGUUCUGUUACUUGCUCUUUAACAAACUCAAUAUAGAGGUGUUGGGAUAAUGAUGUUACCUUCUUCAACUGUUGUGCUCUUUGUGUGGUUCAAGUUUUUCAAAUGGUAGUUUAAUUGUUCA